GGAGGCUGCAAAGCUCAGAAUCCUCAGAACUCGACCUGUCCUGAUAGCAUCUGAGCCACCAUGGGAACCCGAGGUGACGUGUAUCCAUUGGGGCUCUGCAUCGCCCUGUGCCUGGGGGGCACCGUGGCCCAGAAUAACGGCGUACAAGGUACCACUGAGGACUGCAACAGCCAUGUGCUAUGCCCAGCAAACGCCAAGUGUGUGAACAACACCCACUGCACCUGCCUGGAUGGAUACCAGUCACAUGGGAAUCGCUUCUUCAAUGACACAACGGAGAUCUGUGACGAUAUUAACGAGUGUCUGGGGCCGAGCCCACCAGUCUGCGGACGCAACACACACUGCAACAAUACGGCUGGGAGUUACUACUGCCACUGCAUCGCUGGCUAUGAGCUCAGCUCUGGGAAAGCCAACUUCACGCACGCAAAUGAGAGCACCUGCCAGGAUAUUGACGAGUGUCAGGGCCCGAACCCGGCAGACUGCGGACCCCACGGAAACUGCACCAAUGCGCCUGGGAAUUACUCCAGCAGCUGCAUCGAGUCCAGCUCUGGGAAAGCCAAGUUCAUGCACGCGAGUGAGAACACCUGCCAGGACAUUGAUGAGUGCCAGCGAAACACCACAAUCUGUGAGCCCCACGGGAACUGCAUCAACAUACCAGGGAAUUACAUGUGUAAAUGCAGUUGGGGAUUUGGGAAGAGUCAAAAGGAUCCGUCUAAGAUCUGCACAGACAUCGACGAGUGCAACAAGACCCCAGAUAUCUGUGGCCCCAAUGCCACGUGUAACAACACCUACGGGAGCUACUGGUGUGAGUGCCGGGCCGGAUACGUCCCCUCCGACAGGAACAGGACCCUGUGCCAAGAGCUCACCUGCCCCCAGCUGCUGGAUGAUGACAACUCUGCCGAAGCCAAGAACCUCCAGGGCAGCUUCCAGGCACAGGUGGGACGACUCUGCAAGGCGGCGCUGGAGGAGCUGAAGCAGAUGAACUCUCAGAACGCCGAAGAGAAGCUGCAGGGCUUCUUGGAGAUUCUGGAGAAGCAGAUAAAUCUGGUCGGGCAGCAGAGCGAGAGCGUGGAGCGGAGACACCAGAUCGCGACGGAGCUAAUGGCCACAGUGGAGAAGCAGCUGAGGACACUGGCCGGGACCCUGCCUGACAGCACGAUCAGCAUCACAUCCACCAACGGCACAGAGCUGGGGCUGGCGGUCAGGCAGGCUGGGAACCAGAGCCAGGAGACCGUGACGCUGCAGCAGAGCAAGACGCAGAUGGAAUUAAACUGGGCCGGAGACCCAGGGCAGGAAAAUAAAGGCUUCACGCUGGCCGGGCUGCUGACAUACCAGGGGAUGAGCCCCAUCCUGGACGGUGCUGGGCGGGUGGAGGCGCCCGAGUGGGAUGAGAUCGGCCAGACGGGGAAGUGGGUGCAGGACCCGGGGCAACCCAGCUACCGUGUGCUGUCUCCAGUGGUGUCGGCCUUCAUCAGUGACCCAAACCCCCAGGCACUCGGCCUCUCCGUCAGCAUCCGCUUCAGCCACCCAGUGCCGGAGAACAAGACCGACCUGCGCCUCCUCUGCGCCUACUGGGAGCCUGACAGCAGGCGCUGGGCCACCCACGGCUGCACCCUGCAGAAGUUGACCACCACCAGCACCCACUGCCAGUGCAACCACCUGACCAGCUUCGCCGUGCUCAUGGCCUUCUACGAGCUGGAGGGAAAGCGGAGCGGCGGAAGCAGCGGGUUUUGCUCUUUCUUUAAUUCAGCCUUAGAGAUUUUGAAGUCCACGUGUGGAGAUGGGAGUGCGGCGUUAUCAUUGGAGAACGCGACUCUCCCUUUCAAUGCCCUCCUGAACAGCACCUCCCUCUGGGAUGGCGGAGACAAGGGGGACGUGGGGUCGGCCGUGACGGUCCUGCUGCUGAGCGUGGAAUGGGCUGCGCUGGCCACUGCGCUCCGGUCUCCAGAUAAGACAACAAAGAACAUGACGACAGAGUCUAUGGCUAUCCAGACGCGGCUCAUCACAGGGGACUGCAGCCGGGAAAGUGAGGUCAUCACGCUGAGAGCUCACGAGGAGAUGAUGGACGUGCACUGUGAUACAGUCACCGGGGCAGCCACACGAGGUUUGGGGGCUGCUGCUUUUAUUUCCUACUCCACCCUGGACUCCAUCAUCAGUGCGAGACGUCUCAGCGAGGGAAAUCUACGGGCUGGAGGGAAGCUGGAGAAGAGUCAUCUCAACUCCAGGGUGGUGAGUGGGGCCGUCGGAGACGGGAGACCCAUUAACCUCUCCAGACCCGCAAACUUCACCCUGCGCCACAGACAGGCGAAAAAAGAGGAGGAAGAGGCUCUCUGUGUCUACUGGAAAGUAGUGGCCGAGAGCGGCAGCUGGUCUCCGGACGGCUGCACCGCCGUGCACACGAACAGCACUCACACCACCUGCAGCUGUGACCAUCUCUCCAGCUUCGCCAUCCUAAUGGCUCCCACCACAGUGACGGAGAGUUACCCACUGACCAUUAUCACCUACGUGGGACUGACCAUCUCCCUGCCGUGCCUCUUCCUCGCCAUCCUCACCUUCCUCCUGUGCCGCUCCAUCCGCAACGUCAGCACCUCCCUCCACCUGCAGCUCUGCCUCUGCCUCUUCCUGGCCGACCUGCUCUUCCUCACCGCUGUGAUCCUCAUUGGCAGUCGGGUGGCGUGUGCUGUCAUUGCUGGGCUCCUACACUACCUCUUCCUGGCCUGCUUUUCCUGGAUGUUGCUGGAGGGGCUGCACCUCUUCCUCACCGUCAGGAACCUGAAGGUCGUGAAUUACACCAGCGCCAGCCGGUUCAAGAAGAGAUUCAUGUACCCGUUCGGCUACGGAUUCCCAGCCCUGGUGGUGGCUAUUUCUGCAGCGGUGAAUCCUGACGGCUACAGAUCUUCCGAACACUGCUGGCUCAGCCUGGACAGAGGCUUUCGUUGGAGCUUCCUGGGUCCAGUCUGUGCCAUAAUCCUGAUAAAUAUAACGUUCUUUGCGCUGACCCUGUGGAUCCUGAGAAACAGACUCUCCUCCCUCAAUGCAGAUGUGUCCACCCUCAGAGACCACAGGUUACUGACCUUUAAAGCCAUCGCCCAGCUCUUCAUUCUGGGCUGCACGUGGAGCCUUGGUCUCCUCCAAGUCGGCCCAGCAGCCACGGUCAUGGCGUAUUUAUUCACCAUCGUCAACAGCCUGCAGGGAGCCUUCAUCUUCCUGGUGCACUGUCUCCUCAAUCGCCAGGUGAGAGAGGAGUACAGGAGAUGGAUCAAGGGAUUCCGAAUGUUCAGCACAAAAUCUCAGACAUACGAUCUAUCCAUGUCUGCUGUCCCCACCACCAGCACCAAGACGGUAAGAGGUCCUCUGCUCUGUUCCAAUACCAGCCUGUGAAACAGGCAACUCUAG